GAGGAGGGAAUGGACGCCACCCCUGCCGGCUCCUCUUUCCUCUCCUCUGUCUUCUUCCUCGGCUUGCUUCCCUUCCCGUGUUCGCCCGCUCAUCCACCCGCGCACCCCACACCCCCCACAGGUCACGAGCGUGGCGUUAUUGCGCGCCGCCUCGCCGCGUUAGCUCCCCCGACGCUUUGGCGUGGGGCUAGCUACCCGUGUAACGGUGCCGGUGCCGUGCCGCUCAGGCGCUCACACGAGGGAGGCACUCGCUCGAGGCUCUCCAGAGAGCUCUGUUUCUGCUGCUGCUGCUCUGGACAGAGGAGAAGGGGGAGGUGACAGGUGAAGGAUAGCCAUGGGGAUGGACGGCGGCGGCGGCGGGAAGCUGCCGUACAGCUACGCCAGCGUCGGCCACAGCGACGGCAAGCUGGUCAAGAGCUUCAGCCGCGUGGAGCCGCGCAAGUUCGGGAUGGGGCUCGUCGCCGGCUUCCUCCUCGUCACCUGCGCAUACUUCUCCACCGCCAAGUUCGACGCCAUCCACAUCGCCAUGAUCAGCCCCAUCUCCAAGGACGCGGCUGGGAUUGGCUCGCUGGUGAGCGGCGGCGCCGACACCUCCAAGCAGCAAUUAGAUUUGGGCGUGCAGGACCCGGACGCGCUGUCCAAGGAGGGGAGCAAGGCCGAGGUGCUCGAGAAAGACGACGGCGAUGCUUCCCCUUCGGGGCCAGAUUCCGGCCGUAAUGCGCCGCUGGAGGACACGAGGAGAGAUGAGACCUUUGUGGGGGACAGCGGUGAUGCAGCCCGCGGUGGUGCGUCUCCCGCGGCGGCGAAUCCUGCCGCGGUAGGCGGCAGGGAUGAGGUUCCUGCCAAGGACGGUGACGCCACUGCCGCUCUUCUUCCUCCCGUGUCGUCAGAGGAAGCCGCGAACAGCACGCAAGAAUCAGGUGUUCUUGAGGACGAGGAGCUGCAAGUGCAGGACGCUGUUGCUAAGACUCCUUCCAAGAAGAGCAAUGUCUCCGCCGCCGCCGCGGCCACCACCACCACCGCAAGCAGCAAUGGCGGCUCCCCCUCUACGGUUCACUCUGAUCCUGCUGUCCUCCCUGCUCCAGUUCAGCAGAUUCCUCCUACAACACAAGAGGUCAAGGCUCUUGUUGCUGAUCAGCAGAUUCCAGCUGCUCCAGUGGUUAAGCAAGCAGAUUCGGAGACCCCGGCGGUGCGGGAGUGGAAGCCGCUCUGCGACGUCACGUCGAACCGGCGCAUCGACUGGUGCGAGCUCGACGGCGACGUCCGCGUGCUGGGCGCCAACGCCAGCGUCACCCUGGUGGCGCCGCCGGGCGCCGACGAGCGAACCUUCCGUGAGGAGUCGUGGAGCAUCAAGCCGUACCCGCGCAAGGCGGACCCGAACGCGAUGCGCCACAUCCGCGUGCUGACGGUGCGGUCUGUGUCCGGCGAGCCGCCGGCGCCGGCGUGCACGGACCGUCACGACGGCGUGCCGGCGCUGGUGUUCUCGGACCGCGGGUACGCGGGCAACUACUUCCACGCGUACACCGACGUGAUCCUGCCCCUGUUCCUCACGGCGCGGCAGUACGCCGGCGAGGUGCUGCUGCUGGUGACGGACUUCCAGAUGUGGUGGCUGGGCAAGUACCUUCCGGUGUUCAAGAGCCUCUCCAACUACGAGCCGAUCGACCUGGACCACGACCCGCGCGUGCACUGCUUCAGCCACGUCCAGGUCGGGCUCACCAACCACGACGACUUCAGCAUCGACCCGCGCCGCGCGCCCAACGGCUACUCCAUGCUCGACUUCACCAAGUUCAUGCGCACCACCUACGGUCUCCCGCGCGACGUCGCCUGGCCCGCCGCUGCCAACGGGACGGCCGGCCGGAGCCGGCCGAGGCUGCUGCUGAUCGCGCGGGCGCGGACGCGGCGGUUCGUGAACACGGACGAGAUCGUGCGCGGCGCGGAGAAGGUGGGGUUCGAGGUGGUGGUGUCGGAGGGGGAGCACGAGGUGGCGCCGUUCGCGGAGCUCGCCAACAGCUGCGACGCCAUCAUGGGCGUGCACGGCGCCGGGCUGACCAACAUGGUGUUCGUGCCGGGCGGCGGGGUGGUGAUCCAGGUUGUGCCGCUGGGCGGGCUGGAGUUCGUGGCGGGCUACUUCCGGGGGCCCUCCAGGGACAUGGGGCUCCGGUACCUCGAGUACCGGAUCACGCCGGAGGAGAGCACGCUGAUCGACCAGUACCCGCGUGACCACGUCAUCUUCACCGACCCGGAGGGCGUCAAGAAAAAGGGAUGGGAGUCCCUCAAGGGCGCCUACCUCGACAAGCAGGACGUGCGGCUGGACAUGAAGAGGUUCCGGCCGACGCUGAAGAAGGCCAUCGCGCACCUCAAGAAGGCCAAGGCUGCCGGCGGCAGCAACUAAGCUGCCAUCGCCGAUCGCCGUGCAUGUGUUCAUCCAUCCUCUUUGUUUUUUUUUCCUCUUUUUUUUGGAUUAAUAUGUCGGUGUACGUAGCGAGCAGAAAUCGACCGACCAAAUGUAUGAUAUGGCAGGAGAAAAAAUUAGAGCAGCUUAUAAUCUUAUAUUUUUUCUUUCACUUUUCGAUUGGAUAGCUGAUGAAGUGAUCAGGUGAGGGUUUAAGGGUGGAGAUGAUCAUGAGACAUGGCAGCCGACGACUGACGUGUACAAGGUUUUAGAUGAUUGUUGGUUUUGAGGGCUUUGGGCGAGCAAUAAGCUUAUUCAGUGAUAAUUAGUUAGUACAAAUGUACACUUUGAUAUAUACAAACUAUACGAGAAGCAAAAAUUCAACAUUUUCC